AUGCUCGCGUCUCUGAUGCAGCUCCAGGCUUCAGGGCUAUGUGCACUCAGGCACCAAGCGCCAAGCCAGCGGGCUGCCGGGGCUACACCCCCAUCGACUCUGCCCGCGCCGCAGCCGACCUCCGCGAGCUUCGGGCCGCGACGCCCGCCGCGGAGGCUCGCCAACAAGUCCGGGAGGAUUUGCAAAGCUUUUGGUCAAGGCUCCGUCGCCUGCGCCGCGGACGUCGGUCGAGCCGUCAUCGAGACAGUGGCAGUCGUGGCAGUCGAAGCCGCUCGGAUACUCGCCGUGAGAAGCGUCGUCGACGUCGCCGGCGUGCGGAGCGCAAAGGCUCCUCCAGGUCCAGCGCGAGCCCGCCAGGCCAUCGGCAUGGACGUGAAAGCAGUGAGAGCAUAUCGCGGCGAAGCGCUUCGCACAGCCCUAAAAAGCGUUAAGGUAGAAUCUGUGAACUUCUGA